GCUUUGCCGUCGUAGCGCAGCCGGAGCGCAAGCCGCAGAAAACAGUACUCUGUGCUAAUAUGAGAAGAAGGACAAAGUUACAGAAUGCAGCUUAAUUUUUCAAACGCGAAUGCUGAUUAACGAAUAAAUUUGUCACAUUGUGUCGAGCCGACGACGGACAAUAAUGUUGGCUGUGCGCAGACUCUGCUUUUUAGACUUAUCAAAACAAAUAAGGUUAGGGUAUUGUCGGUGAAUUCUCGGGAGAUGGCAGAAUAGUUCGUUUUGCGCCAGAUAUCGACCCCUCACUAAAGCACUUUGGGAAAAAUAAUAUUAAUAAAACGCAAGGUCUACAGCAACAGACGGGGACAUGUUUCUUUUGGUCUUCAUCGUCCUGGUCCUUCCCUAUUCCAGCAUGGAAGAUGUAGAAGUGUCCUCUGGCAGACCAGUCCUGAGAUACCAGGAAUGUGUAUGUGAGGGCAGUGUGUGUGAGCGUGGCACUCGCUGUGCGGGCCAACAGUGUUUCUCCUCCCUGAAGAUGAUUGACGGGAUGGCUGUCCAACAGAAGGGCUGCCUGAGGGACGAUGAAGAGGGCAGAGCCACCUGUGCCACGCCGCCCUCACCAGCCCAUGUUGUCAAGUGCUGCCAGGGCCAUCUGUGUAACAUGAAUGUCACUGUGCAAGCUGCAGGGAAAGAGGAGGAAGUGAAGCCCCAGGUCAAGGAGGAGCAUGAGUGUGUGUGUGAGGGAAGCUCGUGUGUGACGGGGGAACGCUGUAUGGGCCACCAAUGUUUCUCAUCUUUGACGGUGAAUGGUGGCUCUCUGGUGUACCAGAAAGGUUGCUUUAAGGUUUAUGAGCAGAGCAGGAUGACCUGCAAGACCCCGCCCUCCAGAGACCAGAUUGUGGAGUGCUGCCACGGGCACCUGUGUAACAUGAACAGCACUGUGGAGCUGCCUGUCCAAGCGAGUCAGCUGCCCAGCUACAGUGUGGCCACUCUGGCUAUUGUCAUUGUGGCACCUGUCAUCGUCCUCAUCGUCCUAUCUGCUAUCGCAAUCCUUGUCUUCAGACGUAUCCACCACAAUCAAAUGGAAAGACUCACAGCACGAGAUGCUGAAUAUGGAACCAUUGAUGGCCUCAUAGCCUCCAAUGUGGGGGAGAGCACCUUGGCGGAUCUGCUGGAUCAUUCCUGUACUUCAGGAAGUGGCUCGGGACUGCCAUUCCUUGUUCAGAGAACUGUUGCACGACAAAUCACGCUCAGUGAGUGUGUGGGUAAGGGCCGUUAUGGUGAGGUGUGGAGGGGCCAGUGGCAGGGAGAGAAUGUUGCUGUCAAGAUUUUCUCCUCCAGAGAUGAGAAAUCCUGGUUCAGAGAGACUGAGAUCUACAACACAGUGCUGCUGAGACACGAAAACAUCCUGGGGUUCAUAGCGUCGGACAUGACCUCCAGGAACUCAAGUACUCAGCUGUGGCUGAUCACUCACUUCCAUGAGAUGGGCUCCCUGUAUGACUACCUUCAGCUCAGUACCCUCGAUGCUUCCAGUUGCCUCCGCAUGGCACUCUCCAUUGCAAGUGGCUUGGCACACCUCCAUGUGGAAAUCUUUGGCACUCAGGGCAAACCAGCUAUCGCCCACCGAGACCUUAAGAGCAAAAACAUACUGGUUAACAAGAAUGGACAGUGCUGCAUUGCUGACCUGGGUCUGGCUGUCAUGCAUUUCCAAGACACCAACGAGUUGGAUGUGGGGAACAACCCGAAAGUGGGCACAAAGCGCUACAUGGCCCCAGAAGUGCUAGAUGACUCCAUCCAAAUGGACUGCUUCGAGUCCUACAAGAGAGUGGACAUCUGGGCCUUGGGUCUGGUCCUGUGGGAGGUUGCCAGGAGGACAGUCAGCAACGGUAUUGUGGAAGACUACAAGCCACCCUUCCAUGACGUGGUCCCUAGUGAUCCCAGUUUUGAGGAUAUGAAGAAAGUUGUCUGCGUGGAUCAGCAGAGGCCCAACAUCCCAAACAGAUGGUUCUCAGACCCAACUUUAACUUCCAUGGCUAAACUUAUGAAGGAGUGCUGGUACCAGAAUCCUUCUGCCAGAUUAACAGCAUUACGCAUCAAAAAGACUCUGACAAAGAUCGACAACUCUCUGGACAAAAUCAAAACAGACAUUUGAGCCUUCUUUGUAGAGGUGUGCAGACGCACUAAAGGCCUUUUAAGAUGUCCAGAGAGUGGACCAUCGAGAGACAUCUCGGAAGACAAGGGACUGGAUGGGCUGAGUGCCCUUAUAGCGGCACAUUGUAUUUAUUUUAAAACACUUGGCGGGACAACUUUUGGCAUCCAAAGAUGGCUUACAGGGCAUUUCUAAGACUGCAAAUGGUCUUGGAUAUUAGGAUACUAUCUAUUCAUCUUAGGACAUAGGAGCUGAACUGCUAGCAAUGUUCUUCAAGGAAGAAACUGUUACCUGGGCAUUUGAGUAGGCUUGCUUUUGUUAAGAACUGCAGAUAUUGUUUGACACCUUUUUAGUUUGAUGCCUGAAUGUGUUUCAUUUAGUAAUUUCACUUUAAGUCUUCCAUUGUGCUGGUAGUCUUUACAUUCUUAAUUUGCAUUGUGGUGAAUGUUUUUGAGAAAGGAUUCAACCUGCCAGUUCAACCUGCCAAUUUACAUCCUCCAUUUCUUUAACAGUGAUCGGAGCAAGGAAACAGAGUGUUGUUUUACUUUGACUGCAUCUCAUGCACCACUGUUUACGAUGCUGACAGAACACGUUUCUUGGGAUUUCAUCAAUCCUGCAACAUGAUUUACAGCUGCAGUUGUACAGCUGCAGUUACAGGCGCUCUUCUUUUCCUGAGAUGUUAUCCAGCUGCACAUACCCUGUUGCAGAACUUUUGUAUAUCAUCAUGAAUUUUACAUUACAUUAUGUACCUGUUUUAUGUUUUGUUUCUUCAGCUUUACAGAGACAAAUGCUAAAAGAACAAAUAAAAUAUUUGGUAGAUGAUGCUGAACUCUAUUCCUCCAGGGGCAGAAAGUAAGCCUGUAAAGCUAUACUGUCUUAACGCGUGCAUUGUUGUCUUAAUGCGUGCAUUGUCAAGUAAUUGAAGUCAAACUUCAGCCUUUUUUAUUUCUUUAAUAUUUUAUAUCAAUUAGCGAUUUCUAUUAAUUAAAUAGAAAAAAAAA